AUGUCACCCCUCAAACCUCUCGUCGCCAACAACCACGCUCGUGGCAACGCUCCCGUAGUUGCCCCCCUCAAGACGGCUCUGCCGCCUUCUUCUGGAGAAAGCGGCUUCAACUUCGACACAACAUCGCAACCCGAGAUCGGUUCAAUGCGCAGCGAUGGCGCACCAAGCACGACCAGCAGUAGCGGUCGCUUCUUCCGCGAGAACUUGAACCUGGCAGCCGCCGACGGCAAGCGCUCACAUUCUGCAAGUCCGUUUCGCAUAUCCAUGCCUUACAUCACCCCUGGCCAGCUCGCAUUCUCCGCCAUGCAAUAUCUUCCCGUCCCGUUGUUGGUCCUCAACAAUCUCAAGACCGUGGUGCUUGCAAACGAAGCAAUGGGCAGGAUGCUGGGCAUGACCGAUGACGCGUUAGACGACAACUCCUACGUCGCCGAGAGGUUGAGGGGGCAAUCGUUGUCCCAGGUGGGUAUCGACAUGAUCCAGGAAGGGCGCCCCGUGUGGGUUGGGUGGGAAGCGUUUUUGGACUCCCUCGUAGUCGAAAUGGGCGCGAGACAGACUUCCAAGGACGCCGCCGACCUGUUCGACCAAGGUUACGGCGGGGAAGCGACGCCGACACCCCAUUCUCUGGCUCCGCCGUUGCUGGAUACCCAGCCGAGCCCGUCGGCGGUCAAAGAUGCCGUGGUCGAUGUUGUCAUUUCCAGGAAAGAGCUUGGUAAGCCCGGAUACGAUUCUCGGAACAGGUCAGGUGCAUCGGAGCAUCAGGUCUAUGCCAAGAUGAUUGUGACGAUAUGGGAAAUCGAGGAUCACCAGGUCUACUUCACCCUGACCUUUACGAGCUCUCAAUCACCGUCGUCAUCGCUCGUCUCGAGUCGCAAAGCCGUGGCAAAGCCCGCCAUUUUGGAGCAAGCGGAACGCAAGACCAUCUCAAAUUCGAACCCGCCCUCCGUCAGCUCUAGUCACGACUCGAGUUCGCCGUCGUUCCGUAUAAGCCCUAGCGCGGUCUCGCUGUCGUCGAGCCCGUUUCCUCCCAUGGGCCCGCCCUCUACAGCAGCACACGCGGGCACGCCUUCUAUUUUGCAAAAAAUGAUUCUCAUGAGAGACGCCCUGCUCGACAACACAACGAUGCCCAUUCUUGCCAUGUGGAAGGAUGGCAGCGUAACGUUUCCCAACCGGGCCGCCCGUGCCCUCCUGCGCCACGAAAGCGAUUUGGAAAAGUCCGCGGAUGGAUUCGACCUACUUCCCGGGUGGACAGUAUACGACGCUGAGUUUUCUAGGGAGCUGGAUGUCAGUGAGUACCCCAUUUCCGUCCUCCUGCGGACGGAGAAGCCGUUCAGCAAUAUGCGUGUCGGAAUGAUCGUCGACAACGGCGAGAGGAGGGUUUACGACGCCUUGGGAGAAGCGAUUCGAGACGAUAGCACGGGCGAGUUUUUAGCCGGCGUGGUCACCUUCCGAGAUGUCACUAAGAUGACGGAAGAGAUUACUGAGAUAAGGGAGCGGGACGAGGAGCGUUUCAAGCUGAUCUGCGACACUAUGCCACAACUAGUAUGGACGACGCGAGCAGACGGCUAUCACGACUUCUUCAAUACUCGUUGGUACACUUAUACGGGCCUAACACCCGAAGACUCUUUGGGGCUUGGGUGGAAACAUCCGUUUCACCCGGACGACAUGCCCGAAACCAUCAAGAGAUGGAGACACUCACUAAAGACAGGCGACCCGUACGUAACCGAGUAUCGGUGCCGCAGCAAAACUGGCGAAUGGCGGUGGAUGCUGGGCAGGGCUCUCCCGCUGAGAAAUAAGGAGACUGGCGAAAUCGAAAAGUGGUUCGGAACCUGCACAGACGUGAACGAAGGCAUCGAGGCCAAGCUCGCGGCCAGGAGCACCAGGCAGCAGCUGCUAAGCGUUCUAGCGCACUCCCAAGUCACGAUUUUCACCGUCAACACCAACCUCGAACUCACAAUGUUGGAGGGUGCUCUCAUCUGGGACAGCAACGGAGAAGGCAGCAAGCCUCCUCACUCGAGCUGGUUCAUCGGACAGAACAUGUACGAAGCCUUCAACCAUCUCAACCCUCAGCUCAAGACCGGGGAGCACCCAAAGUUUCUGCGGCCCGUCGAAGACAUCCUGGCAGGCGGGAAGACGGAAGAGGUUGCAGAACACGGCAUGGAUGGCCGUUGGUACCGCACGCGGUUCCUGCCGAUUCUCGGCAAAAAGACCAAGGAAGGCAUCAGCACCAACGAGACGUGCAUCGAGGGCGUCAUCGGUGUCAUCAUGGACGUCAGUGAGCUCAAGGAGAAGGCCGAGGGUCUCAAGGAGGAGUCCCGCGAGAAGAAGCAAGCGAUGGCCAAUGAGGCGGCCGCGAAAGAGGCCAACCGACUGAAGAGCCAGUUCCUCGCCAAUAUGUCCCACGAGAUUCGGACGCCCAUCACUGGUGUGAUCGGCAUGGCCGAGCUGCUUCGGGACAUGGAGCUCGAUGCCGAGCAAACCGAGUAUGUGGAGAACAUACAACGGUCGGCCAACGCGCUCUUGACCGUCAUCAACGAUAUUCUCGACUUUUCAAAGGUCGAGUCGGGACGCCUCGAUAUCGAGGAAGUCCAGUUCUCCCUGUCAGUCAUCGUGACGGACGUGAGGAAAAUGCUGAGUUUUGCUGCCGAACGGAAGAAUCUCGACUUCCGUUCAGAUAUCUCCGGAGAGGUAGAAAACGACUUGGUUGUCAUUGGAGACCCCGGCCGCGUACGCCAGAUCAUCACGAACCUAUUGACCAACAGCAUCAAGUUUACAAACCAGGGCUAUGUCAAGUUCUCGGUCCAGAAGGAAAAGGAAACAUCAGACAGCAUCGUUGUCAAGUUCAUCGUCGAGGACAGCGGCAUCGGCAUCGAGGAAGAGGUUCGGAAGAAGCUCUUCCAGCCAUUCAGUCAAGGGGACGCAUCCACAGCGAGGAAGUUUGGCGGUACCGGCUUGGGCCUGACGAUUUGCAAGAACCUCCUGGAGCUCAUGAACGGUAACAUGACUUUGGAAUCUACGCUGGGCAACGGAACCGUCGCGACAUUCUGGGUCCCGUUCAGCAAGCCCCAACAACAACGUGGUGGCCCCUUGGUGCAAAUCGGUUCUAUACCGGACAGGCUGCAGUCCGAAAUGAGCGUGUCAUGCAACAGUUCUGAAUAUGAGCCACUGCUCAAUACACCCCCCGCGUCUGGCGACUCUUCACAGUUUCUUUCGGACAAGAGCAGAUCGCCCGCUCGACGGCUCUCCGUUCGAACGCCACCAGCCUCGGAAGAAGAGAUGCUGCCUCAUUCCGAACGCGCCAAGAUCCGUGUCCUGGUGGUCGAGGAUAAUGCCAUCAAUCAACAGAUCGCCACCAAGACAAUCAUGAAGCUUGGAUUCAGCGUGACGGCCGCAUGGAACGGAAAAGACGCUCUCGAAUACAUGGCGGCAGCCAAACAAGGUAAGCACGCCAAGCCAGACAUCAUCCUCAUGGACGUCCAAAUGCCUGUCAUUGAUGGCUACAAGUGUACGCAUCUAUUGCGGCACCACGUGCCAUACAAGGCGUACUUGCAAGACGUGCCCAUUGUGGCAAUGACGGCCUCGGCAAUCCAAGGCGACAAGGAGAAGUGCACCAGGGCGGGUAUGGAUGAUUACCUUGCCAAGCCAGUUAAGAGCAAAACACUGGAGAGGAUGUUGGUUCGAUGGAGUUUGGCCAGGAGGCCACAAAGACCCGUCGUCAAUAAAGGCUCAGACAGCUCGAUGUCGGACUGCUCAGACACGGCCGAACACUGCAGCAAUGCGGAAAUUCCCGGUGUCGGGCACGAUCUGCCGGAUUCGACGUCGCCACUGAAAUCGACGCAAGCCGCCGCACAUUCGAGGCGACAACAAGACCAGAGCCGAGAGGCAGACGUGGACAGCCGGGGUGAUCCGGUGACGCCUCGGCCUCUGACCAGGAACAACUCGUAUGAGCCGUCGCCGUUUGAUCCCCCGACUUCAGGAGACCCCAUCAAACCGAUGCGACGGUCCGAGACGGAUGAGCUCGCUUUGCAGGCCCAGCAAGGGAAGCUUAUGGACGCUGCCGGGGACAAGAAGCUCCCGCGGCGAGGAGAAUCGUUUCAGACGGUAGUCGCGGGCGAUUCCUUGACGGAGGAAAACGUCGAGAGAUUAGAAAAGGAGGAACAUAAUCGAAGAUGA